AUGAUGAAGUCUUCCCAACCCUCUCGCUGGCAGGUCCUAGCGGCCAAAAGAAAGCUCAUUGUAUCCUGCAUUCUGGGCCUCUUCUUCCUUGCCAUCGGGAUGGACAUCCGAGCUGAGCUCGGAUCCGGACACAGCCAGAAGAAGAUGGUCAAGCGCGACACCACCAGCACCAGCGACACCUCCAUCUGGCAACCAACAGCCGGGGUCAAAUGGCAAAUCCAACUCAUCGACGCUGUCGAAGACACCACCAUCGACGCCGACAUCUGGGACAUCGACCUCUUCGACAACACCGCUGAGACAAUCACCACUCUCCAUGGCAAAGGCCACAAGGUCAUCUGCUACUUCUCGGCGGGCACGUACGAAGACUGGCGCCCAGAUGUUAGCAAGUUCGACACCGCGGACCUCGGCAGCAACCUCGAUGACUGGCCAGGCGAGCGCUGGCUGAAUAUCAAGUCGAGCAAGGCUCGCGCGGUCAUGAGCUCGCGUCUGGAUAUGGCGAAGCAGAAGGGCUGCGAUGGUGUUGACCCGGACAACAUUGAUGCGUAUAACAAUGAGAAUGGUCUUGGGUUGACGGAGGCCGACUCGGUUGACUUUUUGACUUUCCUGGCGGCGGAGUCGCACUCCCGUGGCAUGUCGAUCGGGUUGAAGAAUGGUGGUGAUAUCAUCGGCUCGGUUAUUGACAAGAUGCAGUGGUCGGUCAAUGAGCAGUGUGCCCAGUAUAACGAGUGUGAGGUCUAUGCUGCCUUCACGGAAGUCAAUAAGCCGGUUUUCCAUAUUGAAUAUGCUGGGGAGACUAUUGAGUCUGGUGGCUCUACUGAUACUUCUGACUCGGCCGCCGAGACUACCACUAAAAGCAAGGCUACCGCCACUGCCACUCUCGCUGCUACCACUGCUGCUACCACUGCUGUUACUUCUACUGCUACUUCUACUGCCGCUGCAAUCAGCACAGCCGAUGCCACCAAGACUGGCAGCACAACUAGUACCACCGACGCUAGCGCUGACACCGAUGCUGAUGACGAAGAAGAUGAGGACCAGGAGGAUGAAGAUGAGGAGGAUGAAGACGAUGAGGACAACGAGAAAAAGGAGGCCAGCGCCGAUUCUACCAAGGAAAAAUCUCACCGAUACGGACACGGUCACCACAAACUCCGAGCCAGAGCCGCUUUGUCCUCCACGUUGAAGACAUCAGCCUGCAACGCAGCCAAUGCUGGCAAGUUCUCGACUGUCAUCAAGAACAUGAACCUCGAUGCCUGGGUUGAAUAUUGCUAG